AUGAUGGAUGAAACAGCUGAUAUUUCUCGUCAUGAACAAGUAUCAUUGGUUAUACAAUAUACUGAUGAUCAAUUUCAUGUUUAUAAACGUUUUAUUGGCUAUAUACAAAAGGACGCAGGUUUAGCAUCAUUGUUUUUAAAGCAAUUGUGUGGCACACACUGGACAUGUCGUCAUGAAUCUUUAAAAGUUAUUGUAACACGUUAUUCUGAAAUAAUACCUGCUUUGGAAGAAAUCGAAAUUGGUUAUGCAUUUAUAAUGCUACCAGUUAUACGAACAUUUGAUUUCAUUUUUCACAUUCAUUUAAUGAGUGAGGUGUUUCUUCUUACAAAUAUAUUAUCAAAAUAUUUACAAAAAUCAGAUGUGUCUUUGAUACAAGCUUUAGUUCAAGUCAAAGCUACGAUUGACUCCCUCGAGUCACUGAGAAAUGAAAAUCAAUUUGAUAGAAUCUGGAAUACAACUGUGGAUCUUUGUGAUAUAAAUAAUAUUGAUGGACCUUGUGAACGUCGAAAAAGAAAAGUUUCUAUACGUUUGGGUGGUGGUGAUGUUGUGUCUACAACAUUAGCUAUUAAAGAUUCGCACCGUAUCAAUUCUUUUUAUGCUGUAUUAGAUGUAAUCAUAUUAUCAAUUAAAGAAAGAUUUAAUGAAAAUAAUAUCAAUAUAGUUUCUUUAUGCAAGAAAUUUUUUUUAACCAAAGUCUUUUUAAAUGAUGACGAAUUAAAACAAAUUGUUAAGUUUUAUGGUAUGAAUUACGAACAAUUAAGAACUGAACAACGUAUGUAUAAUGUAACACUUGGUGAAAAAGUUCAGUUGACACUAACAUUACUUUCACUUCUUUGA